AUGAUAUCUAAGUCAUUGUCUAACAACAGCAGAGAAACUAAUGGUGAAAGUAAUUCUCUUGACCAACCUAAUUCAGCUAAGGGAAGUUCUAAACUUGUCAAAGAAGAAGAACGAGAAACCGGUAAAGUUAGCUUUAAUAUCUAUAAACUCUACUGCACCGAGGCUUUUGGAUGGAUAGGGACUUUCACGGUACUCUUUCUUUCUGUGUUAUGGCAAGCAUCUAUGACGGCUAGUGAUUAUUGGUUGGCAUAUGAAACAUCGGUCAAGCGUGCUGAAUUUUUCAAUCCUUCGUUGUUUAUUUUCGUCUACGCAAUUAUUAGCAUAGUUUUAGUUCUUUUGAUAGUGCUGGGAUCCUAUUCGGUUACAGUCUUCGGGUUAAAAACAACACAGAUUUUCUUCAAACAAAUUCUUAAUAGCAUCUUGCAUGCUCCAAUGUCUUUCUACGACACUACUCCAUCAGGCCGAAUUAUAAGCAAGGCAUCCACUGAUCAGACAAAUUGGAUAGCAUUAAAAUUUGUAAAUAAUGCUUAUAUAUUUGACUCACAUAGCAUAUUGGAUAAUUUAUCAAUUAUCGAAAGAAAUUUGAUUGGAUUAUACUAA